UCUAGACGAAGCGCGAUAACCUAACUCUCAGACGCCACCUCCUCCGUCACCGAUCGUCGAGGAAAAGGUCAUGGCGCCGAAGGCCAAGCCCAAGCCCUCAGCGCCGCCGGCCACCGCCGCUCCGGUCCCUCUCGAGGAUCUAUUCGCCACCCUCCAUCGCCACAUCGAAAGCUUCCAAUACGAAUCUGCCGCUAAAGUCGCAGAUCAAAUUCUCGUGGCCUCUCCUGGUGACGAGGAUGCGGUAAGAUGCAAGGUCGUGGCAUUGAUUAAAGCCGAUGCGAUUGAUCGGGCUAUGUCUGCGAUCAAGACCUUCGAAAAGCUCCCGAUUGAUCUUAAAUUCUACAAGGCAUAUUGCUUGUAUAGGCAAAACAAACUGCAAGACGCAUUGAGUACGUUAGAUGGCCAAGAAAGAAAUACUAUGGUUUUGCUGUUGGAAUCUCAUAUUCUUUAUAGAUUGGGAAGAAUGGAUGCUUGCCUAGAAAACUAUGAGAAACUUCAAAAGUUUAAGAUUGAUUCUAUAGAUGUAAAGACAAAUAUAAUUGCUGCUCUGGUGUCAGCCGGAAGAGGCUCUGAAGUUCAAGGAAUGAUGGAUGCCCUUAAAGUUAAAACUUCAAGCAGCUUUGAUAUGGCUUAUAAUGUGUCUUGCUCUUUGAUUCAGAACAAAAGAUACGCUGAAGCUGAACAAUUGCUGCUUUCAGCACGAAGAAUUGGUCAGGAAGCACUAAUGGAGGAUGACUUUGCUGAUGAUGAAAUAGAAGCUGAAUUAGCUCCUAUAGCUGUCCAGCUGGCAUAUGUACAGCAGUUGAUGGGAAGUACGCCAGAAACCAUUGAAGCAUAUGCUAGUAUUGUAAACCGGAACCUGGCUGAUACUUCAUCACUGGCAGUGGCAACCAAUAACCUUGUUGCGCUGAAGGGCACCAAGGAUGUUUCUGAUAGCCUACGAAAGCUUGAUCGGUUAAUAGAGAAAGCCAAUGGCUCACAGCAAUUGCAGCUUGCUAAUGGUCUUGACUUCAAGUUAUUCCCAAGACAGAAGGAAGCUCUAUACUCGAAUCGGUUGCUUCUUCUUCUUCAGGCUAAUAGACUGGAUCAGGCUCAGGAACUAGUAACCCUGCUUCAAGACAUGUUCCCAGAAAGCAUUACACCUGUAUUGCUUCAAGCUGCUGUUCUAGUUAAGGAAAAAAAGGUAUCAAAAGCUGAAGAGAUCCUUGGACAGUUUGCGGACAGAUUUCCUGACAAGUCCAAGCCAGUUCUCCUUGCCAGGGCUCAAAUUGCUGCCGCUGCUGGCCACUCACAGACAGCAGCGGACUCUUUGGCCAAGAUAGCUGACAUUCAACACAUGCCUGCCACUGUUGCUACUAUAGUUUCUCUCCGGGAACGUUUAGGUGACAUUAGUGGUGCUGUAGCAGUCCUUGACUCUGCUAUCCAAUGGUGGAAGAAUGCCAUGACAGAAGAUAGCAAAUUUGGCAUAAUUACACAGGAGGCUGCAACCUUUAAACUCAAUCAUGGACUUGAGAAUGAAGCCUCUCAACUUUACGAAGAACUUGUGAAGAAUCACGGGAGUGUCGAUGCUUUGGUUGGCCUUGUUAUCACAGCUGCCCGGUCUGAUCUUGAAAAGGCAGAGUUUUACGAGAAGGAACUGAGGGCUUUAUCAGGCCUGAAAGGGAUCAAUGUCGAGAGCCUGGAGAAGACAUCAGGAGCAAAGCAUGUCGAGGGUGCUCAUGUGGGUAAGACAGAAGUUUCCGAGGAGGUUAAAAAGGCGCGUGCAAAAAAGAGAAAGAGGAAGCCUAGGUAUCCUAAGGGCUUUGAUCCAGCAAACCCUGGACCUCCGCCAGAUCCUGAGAGAUGGCUGCCAAAGAGAGAAAGGUCAAGUUAUCGGCCCCGGAGGAAGGACAAGAGAGGUCAGGUUAGAGGCUCUCAAGGAGCUGUUGCUAAGGAGAAACAUGAGGCUUCUUCGGCGACAAACACAACCGUCACAACAAGUAGCAGUGCCAUCACUUCAAAGGCAAGUCAGUCAGCUGCUGGUGUUUCCAAAAAAAGUGGUGCCGGUAGCUCUGAGCAACCGAAAGCUUCUUCGUCCAAGUCAAGGAAGAAAUCCAGAUCUUAAAAGUAGCUACUAGACUGAAGUUUCUUCUUUUUCUUGAUUGCUUUAUAAUAUCUAGAACUUUUUGGCCGGGAACUUUUAAAUGAUAAUAUCCGCUGAGGUAAAUUAGGAUAUUUUGUGUUACUUCGAAGAAUGUAUUUACAAGAAUAAUUUUCCAUGUUUAUUAUCCUUUUCAUUCCCUUUUUUACAAUAUAUGAUUGAAAA